UUUUUUUUUCAUUCUUUUUUUUUCCUCUUUUUCUUUGAUUAUUUUUUUUUAUUAAAAUGGAAGAUAUAAACGAUUACUGGAAAGUUUUGGAUUAUCCGCCUUUAUUUACUACUGUUGAUUGGAAUGAAAAUCAACCUUCUUCUACUCAUAAUACAUUUAUACCCAUGGAAAUUAAUCAACAAAAGAUAGCUCCACCGUUUCAAAGAAGACGCAGUUCUUCUGUUGAUUUACCUGUAAAUCCAUUUUAUUCAAGCAGAUUUAAUAAUAAUUUAACAAUACAAGAAGAGGAAAAACCGAUAAUAAAGCAGGAAGAAAUAGAUGCUCUUGAUUUAUCUACUUCAACCAAUAAUUUACAUGUAGUUUCAAAUACAUCACCUUCUUUAUCUACUUGCUCUUCAAAUAAUAAGGAUGAACAUAUGACUUCAACUUCUUCUUUAAAAGAUCAUAAUAUGCAACAACCUCAAAUUAAAAUUCAAUACCCUCCUAGUCCUCCUACUUCACAACAACAAAAGACACUAAUUACUUCUACCUAUUUUCCUGAAUUACCUCGAACUUCUUUUCAUGAUUUAGGAAAACAACUAAGACAACAUACAAAAAGAAGAAGAUCUUCUUCUCUACCUCCUGCCUUUCAUGCUACUAACAAGCAUCAACAAAAACCACCUGCCCCCAUCGUUUUUACUCAAAUUCAAGUGACUGAUCCUACUCCUAUACAACAUACUCAAAAGGCUGCUAAAGUAGAAGUCCCUCCUAUUGCUAUUGAACGUGUUCCAAAAAAGAAAGCACAGCAAAUGAAUGAAUCCACUAUACCUAUUGAUCCUAUCUUGAAACAAAAAAAUUGGACGAAAAAUUAAUCCGAUUAAACUUUGAUGAUGUGACAGUAGCAGAAUUAAAAGAAGUGCUAAAGGAACGUGGAUUAUGUACGAUAGGUAAAAAAGCAAUCUUAAUUCAUCGUCUAAAGGAUGCUCGUAAUCAACUGUUAACAAGGUUGAAACCGCCUACACCUCCUAGAGAUCAUUUAACGAUAUCAGCGUCACCUGCUAUACAAGGAUUAGCUGAUAUGACGAUUCAUUCACCUAAUCUUUUUUCACCUAUUAUAGAAGAUUCGA